UGGAGCUUUUUGGCUACAGAUCCCCUCAUGAAGUUUUCCAGCAGAACUGAAUCAGUUGUAACAUCACCCGUGUGCAGCUGUGCGCCUUCACCUCUCCACCAGUUUGACUUCCACAACUUUAAGAUUGCGUUUACACUUCCUUGCCUGCAAGAUUGGACAAGGUUAAUCGUUUUACAAGUUUUGCAAGAGAAAGAGAGUUGAAGUGUGCUGUUUUUUGGAGUACACAGAAUAACUCCAGCAUCAGGAUGCGAGCGAUUAACUUGGACACGUACAGCCUGUCUCUGCUGACUGCUAAAGAAGACAUCCUGAAUCCCCGAGCAUCCACCAACUGGGCAUUAUUUACAUAUGAUGGACUGACCAACAAUCUUAAACUCUCUGAUUCAGGAGCUGGAGGUUUGACAGAACUUGUUGGGAAAUUUCACAACAGCACAGCCAUGUAUGGCCUGUGCAGGAUGGGAUUGACAGAAACAGGACAACCACAGAUUAUCAUGAUCUGCUGGUUUGGUGACAGUGUGGAUGAGCUCCGCAAAGAAGAAUGUACCAGCCACGUGCCUGCCAUCAAGACCUUCUUCAAGGAGGCCCAAGUAUUUAUUACAGCCUCAAACCACGAUGAGGUGACAGAGGAGAAGAUUAAAUCUGCCACUGAAAUGAUUCGACCACCAGUAGAGAGAUCAAGGAGACCCUCAAGGGCAAUGGAUAAGGAGGAGACUGUGGGUACAAACUACAAGAAGACAAAUGCUGCCAUGGAGAUGCGACGGAUAAACAGAGACUCCUUCUGGGCACGAGCGGAGCGUGAGGAAGAAGAGCGAAAGGAAGAAGAAUGUCGGCGGGCUGUAGAAGACAGACGCCGCUGGGAGAGAGAGAGAAUUCUGAAGGAAAAAAAAGAGGCCGACGAAAGAGACAGAAAGAUGGAAGAAAAGCUCAAAAUGAUUGAAGAGGAAAGGAGAACCCAAGCAGAGCUUGAAGAAGAAGCUAAAAAGGAAGAGAGAUCGAGAUGGGAGCAGCAGCAGAGAGAACAUGAGGAGGACAUGAGAGCACGCCUCAGACGCAGCGAAUCUAUCGAGAAAGCAGCGGAGGCAGCAGCACUUGUUUCCCAGCGUUCUCUCAAUCCCAGGGAGUUCUUCAGACAGUUAUCAGCAUCCUCACAAAAUUCCUCCAGCCCUGGAUCACCACGUUCAGUCAAAUCUCCAUUCCGCCGCUACCAGCGUAGUUUGACAGACACGGCCUUCAUCUUUGAGAGGACCAAUUCCAGUUCAGGUCCCACUUCUCCUCUCAGUCCCACUGUAAGGUCUCCGUUCUCUCGAACCCCAAACACAUCCCAAAGGCAUCCUGCAUCUCCACUUAGUCCAUCCUACCGCACAGUCCCUUCACCACAGCAGCCUGAAACAUCUCCUCCAACACCACCUGCUCAAUGCUCUGUUCCACCCGUAUCACCAUUACCCAGUCUGCCUGUCUCCAGACCUUCUCCAGCCCAGUCAUCACCACCUAGCCAGCCACCUCCUCAACUGCCAGUCCACCAUUCAACUUCUCCCGCAUCACCAAAGCUGCCAGAGAGUCAAGAUGAGUCAUUCCCCAAUGAUAUGACCAGAGAGCAACAGGUUACUGCAUCAGAUCCUACAGCUCAAGAGUCUGAUAACACACUGCACAUCGAAGAGGUUGUAACAGGCUCUCCAAUGCUGCCUGAACUUCAGUCAGAAACAGACUUCACUGCCAAAGCUGUGCUGGUUGAAGAAGAUGAAGACAAGGUGGAGAAACCAGAAGGACCUUCAGCAAUGUCAACAGCACCUUCAGAAACCAAGAUGCUUGCAAACUAUGAAAAUGUCCUUGAGGAGCAACAAUUGGAAGCAGAAUGUCAGGAUGAACAAGGCUCUGAAGAGCAGCCCGCUGGAGAGUUUGAGGAAUUACAGCCACAUGUGGACCAGUCAGGACCUGCACUGCCCAGAACUGUGAUACCAACAUUAGUAGAGCUCUCAGAGAAAAACAAGGUUGACGAUGACCUGCCAGAAAACCAAGAGCAAUGUGUGAAAGUAGCAGAAUAUAAUCUGAUGGCUGACGAAGAUGAAUCAGAAUGUGAAAGACCACUGAAUGGUACAGUAGAGCAUGUUGAUGAAUCUGAGCACAGCACACCUGAGAAGUGCAGUUACACAGUGAAUCGUGAGGAGACAGAUGAAGAUCUGAAAGAAAACGGAGAAGUACAUACAAAACCGGACAACAUAAUGCGCAAUAUUUACAGUCAACCAUCUACAUCAUCACCAGAAAGACUUCUGCGUGUAAGAGCUUUAUAUGACUACCAAGCAGAGGAUGAAACCGAACUCUCUUUUGAACCUGGUGACAUCAUUAGUGAUGUGGAAACGAUUGACAAAGCCUGGUGGAGGGGUUCCAGCGAAGAUGGACGUCAGGGUCUUUUCCCUGCCAACUACGUAGAGACCAUCUGAAAGACUUUUUCUUUUAAGACGGUUCAUCACGCCCCCUUUUCUUCCUACUGAUUCUCAGGGACUAAACCUCACAACCCAGUCUAUGAGGAUAGACAAAGCACUCUGAGACUAAAAACACAUCAAAAAUGUUUGGGAAGAAAAUGUUAACAGACAGAACUUGGCCAACAAACCAACCAAAAAAGUCUUGGAUAAUGAACCGCAAAACUGAGGGUAAUUCUCACAUCAUGAGAUUAGAUAUGAAUUCAGUACAAUUUCUGUUAGAAAUGUAUACGUUUAGCAUCAUUUUAUUUGUACAUUACAUCAAAUAUGAUUACACAUUUUUACCGAGGUGCUAAAUCAUACCAAAACGUGGUAGUGUCUGCUGAAGAGCAGAUUUGUGCAUUUUGGGGCCUUUAGGCAAAACUGCACCUAACAAAUCAACUAGCCCUUGUCUGUUAUAUGAGACGUAUUAAUAAUGUUGCCUACACACUUUUAACUUGCACAGAUGUUUACAAAUAAGUCAUUGCCAGAGACCAGUAUGUUAAUAUUUUGACAUUUUUCAACAAAUUUGCUUUUCAAAUCUGCUAUAAACAGAAAGCAAUAACCAAACCUGUGAAACUGUAGUUCAUUGACAGAAAAUAGCCUAAUGGUUUUACUAAACUACAACUAGUGUGGUCAUAAUGCACCUCCAAAAUUUUGCCCUAAAGGCACUUUAGGCCUCCUUGAUGUCUGUGUAAAAUGAAAACCCUUGACAUUUAAAAUGAGUAUACUUUAGGCUGAACCUGCCAGCCAUUGCAUAUUUUUUCUUCCAGAAUGUCUCCAUAAACAAUAAAACAGGAUGUCCACUGAUAUGUAAAUACUAUAGACUUCACAUGGUUUUUCUAUGUAAUUUAUUUAUCUCCAACUAUGAAAAUAUAAAUAUUUCCUCUGAGUCUGUCUUUAUAACUUUCGUGGAUUUCAGUAAAAGGUAGUUUUUAAACCAACACAUUUUCUUAGUAUGAACACUAUAUAAAAAAAAUAAUACAACUAUCACAACACAUUUAGCUGUGUACGUCAUAGUUUUUCUUUUUCCACAGCAAAAGUAAUGCUUCAUAUUCUUAGUUUCUUGCACAGCCAAUACCAUGUUUGUCAUUAUCAUCAAGGAAACGUAUCCAGUACAUGUAUGUUAAUGCAUGAGAUCACAUUAAAGGGAUUCACUUUACUGGGUCAAAAUAAAGUUUAUGUUCACCAUCUUUUACAUUUAGUUGCGUAUGUACAUUGAUGUU